AUGACCACCCAGCUGGAAAGCUCUGGGGCCCUAACAGGGACAACCCCCAAAUACUCACGAUAUCGCUCUGUGCGUCGUGCUGCAACUGAAGCAGCCGGGGAGGCAUCCACAGCUAAACCUUCAAAUGAGGCCAUUGCGCGCAGCAUGUCACGAUACCGCCGACCCAAGACUGCAACCACUGCACCGCACGCUGCUAAUUGUCCGCCAGUGCCCUCAUUGCCGGCCUCGGUUCAAACUCACAAGGCCGUCACUAAGGGCACUGUGGAAGUCGCCAGUCCGCUCAGUGGCGCCUCUCCUCGCUCUGAGAAGAUACAGAAUCCAUUCUCAGAUCACGAUGACGAGCUGUCUGAGGCAGAGAAAGCGCGCAUGAGAGAAGAGGCCAUGCGCAAGUUGACCAUGGCAGAGCGGCCUAAGGCACCAGCCACGCUGCCUCAGGCGCGUCAAGAAAACCCCGUCCAAGCAAAAUUCGUGCCCGAAAAAGAGAAGGAAGGAGCUGGACACAGCAGGCGCGCCUCGUGGAAGGACCGACUGGGUUUAUCCCACCACAGGAAGGUGGGGCCUGACGCUCUCGACGAUUCUUCACAAAACAACAACAGCAACGGCAACGGCAACAACAUGACCCUUCCUGCUCCUGGCAUCGAUGCUCCUGUUUCUGCUGUGAAUGCUGGUGAACGGAGAGUACUGGUGAAAUGCAAGUCAAGCUCGCUAAAACUGCCUGUCACACCUACCACGCGAGUCAAAGACAUCAUUUUCUCUGCCGCCAACUGUUUUUCUGAGCGCAUUGAUCCUAAAAACGCCAUCAUCGUCGAGUCGUUCUCAUCUCUGGGUCUUGAACGACCGCUACGUCGGUACGAGCAUGUGAGAGAUGUGCUGAAUUCGUGGUCAUCAGAUGAUGCCAACGCCUUGCUCAUUUCUGAUCCGCCAUUUGACGGCGCGACUCGGAAAUUGGAACUGUCAGCUGCGCCAAAUACAGCGCCUAAAGACGCAAAAUUUCAUGUAUACCAUUCUUCGAAGCCGGGCAAAUGGGAUAAACGAUACAUCACUUUGCGCAAUGACGGUCAGGUCGUGCUCUCCAAGAAGUCAGAUGCCAAAGAAGCAAAGGACUUUACAAACGUAUGUCACAUGUCAGAUUUUGAUAUUUACACGCCUACUAGCCGUCAACUGGCGAAGACCGUCAAACCGCCUAAGAAGAUAUGCUUUGCAAUCAAAAGUCAGCAGAAAUCGUCCAUGUUCCUUUCCACAGAAAACUUCCUCCGUUACUUUGCUAUAAGUGAUUCGACCGUCGGGCAAGACUUUUAUGAUGCAGUCCAUGGUUGGCGCAGCUGGUAUCUCGUCCAUGUCUUGGAAGUUGGCAAGGCGAAUGAGGCGGCCAAUGCCACUGUGUCAGCCCCAAUAUCUAGAGAUGGCCCUAGAACCCCAUCUAUUCGCCAGCAACGACACGUAUCGACCGAUUCCAUUCCAUACCAACUAGGCUCAUUCAAGCCUUUGAUAGACUUUGGUCGCAAUGCGGAAUCCAGUGUAUCAAUACCUGAGAAGGCGACCGAAGAAACCACUGCAUCCAGCCGCGAUAUGUUCUUGCGCAAGAAAAAGGCACGAGACCACGCACCGCCCCCUUCCUCGUUUCCUGUGCAUCUCCCUGCGCUGGAAAUACAAAAAGAAUCCUUGUCUCCACAGGAUGACGACUCGACUUUUUCGCCAGACAGUCUCCUGGGAAGAACAUACAGCCAAAAACAAGCAGCUCAACGUGAACGAGAAGCUAGAGAGGGAAAUGAACAUGACCCAUUCUCCUCACAUGGUCUGUUGAAACACUUGAGUCCGACGAGCACGGAUCAAGCUUCUUUCCAAAGCAUGCCUUUCAGCAAUCCAUCUAGUCGAGGAAACAGUCGCUCGAAUACAGUUCGCUCUAACCAUCGCCCUGCAGAAGGCUUUUCACAUAGCCGGUCGAAUUCGGUACGUAAAGGCAAACCUCUGGUCGACCUCACACCGACGUACAGAGAACCGCCUCAGCAUGCAAGAAAAGGCCACGGCGUCAAAAUCGACUCAGGAAUGCCUCUUGUCGAAGCAGCCACCGGACUAGAAGCUAUACCUGGCAUACCCAACAUCCCUUCAGCCACAACAUGGAGGCGCGAAGAGGCAGCGUCUGCACCCGCUCCCCCAGGCCGUCGACGCGCCAACACGGUAAAAGGCCAACAUAAAAAUCAUACACCAAUUUUGGAUCCUUUUGCCAGCCCAUCUGAUGCUGCCCCGUUCAUACCGAAUGGUCUUGUAGCUCUUUCUGCCAAUACGCCAAGCUCACAGGCCGGUCCAGGUGUUGGUCGGGGUGUUGCUACUGGUGAUCGUCAUGCUACUCGUCCUUUACUUGAUAUGACUCCACAGAGUCAGUUUGCGGAGGGUAGUCUGUUACGGAGCAUUGAGAAGUUGUAA